CAACUCCUUUUUCCAUUACAUAUACGAAGUGGUGAAAGAUGCUAUGGGAUUCUUAUGGUUGGUAUUCUUUAAGGGCUUGGCUGUGGUUGUUGUUUGACGUUAUAACUUCACGUCUCAUUCAAUUGAAACCAGUAGAACAAAGAAUAUUGAAUGAUGCUGUAGUGGUAAUUACUGGAGCCAAUUCCGGAAUAGGCAAGGAGACUGCAAGACUCUUUGUGAAAAGUGGCGCCAAAGUCAUCUUAGCAUGUAGGAACAGUACGCUAGGAUAUCAAGUGAAAGAAGAAUUUUGUGCCAAAAAUAAGGCAUUGGAAGCCAAAAUAUGGGUCUUGCCUUUGGACCUGCAAAGUACUGCCUCCAUUCGAGCGUUUGUCGAACAAUGGAAAAGUUUACAACUACCACUGGACUAUCUAAUACUGAACGCUGGAGUAUUGGGUGUUCCUUUGAGUUAUACAGAGGAUCAUGUGGAGAUGCACUUUGGGGUGAACCACCUGGGACACUUCAUGCUGACCUUGUUGUUGAUGGAAAACUUGAUACAAACAAAGCACUCCAGAGUGGUCAUUGUUAGUUCACUAACUUAUUUAUUGGGUUCCUUGCGUUUGGAUGACAUCAACUACAAGAACCGUCGUUAUAGAAGUUUUGAAGCUUAUGCAUCCAGCAAAUUGUGCAAUUUAUUGUUCAUGCGCGAGUUGUGCAAAAGAUAUAAAAGUGACCAUCUAAGUAUUGUCGCUGUUCAUCCUGGUGAUGUUCAUACCCAAGUAGCUCGGCACUUUGGAAAAUGGAUUUAUUAUCUUUAUGAUAAAGUGGCAAGUGUAUUUCUAAGAAGUCCAGAACAGGGUGCAUUAUCUGUAUAUGCUGCUGCAGUUGAUCCUUAUUUGAGUUCUUUUUCAGGAAUAUUUACGAUGAAUGUGGAUCAGUUAGUUCCUUUGGCUGCGAAUGCUACUCAUGACGCAUCAAGUAAAUACUUGUGGAAAAAGAGUCUUUCUCUUAUAUCUUUUCAUCCCAACGAAGUAGAAAUGUUGCGGAGUCUACGUAUUCUUGAUGAAGAUGAAUAUUUGCAAUGUUUAGCAAAUUGCAGUAGAGAAGAAUCAUAAAAGUCUUUAGAGAUGAUGCCAAUCUAUUUUUUCGCGUUGUAUUUUCUUUCCUUGAAGCCCAUUGUAGAAUUCUCUAGC